CUAAAACAAAAAAUUGAUUAUCAUUUUUUUCUUCGAAUUUUACGAUAUUUUUCAAGGGUUUAAAGAGUUGUUUUUCGGUAUAUGAUAAUAAAUUUUUUAAUUUGUGAUGAUUAUAUUUUACAAUUAUAAAAAAAAUAUUCUUUAUUAAAAAUAAUUGUUACUAGAAGAAAUUUUUUAAAUAGAAUUUAUAUUUUUCUGCGUUCACACAUUGGAGAGAUUAAGAAUCACGAAUUGGAGAGAAAAAUUAUAAUUUUUUAAUUAAAUAAUUAAUUUUUACGAUAAUUACAUAAUUAUAUAAAGUCAUAGUAAUUUUUCAAAAUAAUUCAAAUUAUUCACUUCCUAAAACUCGAAAGAAUUCAAUUUUAGAAAUGGAUUAAAGUUAAAAUUAUCAAAUAUUAAUCUUCAAUUCGUAAUUCUCAAUCUCGAGUCGCGUAGUCCGAUACGAGUUUUAUAACAUUGUUAAAUUUAUGCGAACUCUCGGAAUGUUUCAAAGAGCAAGUGUACGUGCACGUGACUCAUACAUGUUCCUUAAGGCACACGUGGACUGAUGCCGGGUACCGAUCGUACCCGAGUUCGCCGGCGACGUGCGUUAUCCGUCGGAAAACGAAAAAUAGAUAAACAGCCAUCUAAAUGGAGAGGAUAGGAGGGGGGAAGAGUGAGAGAAAGAGAAAGAGAGAGAGAGAGAGAACCACGAUACUUCUUCGGCAGUGUCGUCGCGACUACAUUGAGAGCGCGAGUAGCGCGACGAUCGUAUGACGUGAAGGUCGCGCGGAGAUAACUUCACGUCGCUCGCACAUCGUUCGGCGGACACGUUCAUUACACACGUCGCGAGACUCGCGAGGUGGAGUCGCUUCCUCGUUGUCGAUACUAGUCGUCGUCGCCGUCGCCGCGGGUGCGAGUCUCCGUACGUCCGGGACGUGUGCCGGCACUUUCGCUCUCGCGCGUGUUACACACACUCUCUUUCUCUCUCCCUUUCCCCCUCUUUCCCUUUCUCUCUCUUUCCUUUUGGCGCGCUGACGAGCGUGACCCGUGGCGCGCCGUGUGUGUUCAGGCCCAUAAUACGUGUAUUUGUAUACUCUGCGUCAUCGCACCGGUCGAAACGACGACGACGACGCGAACGACGACAACAUGACGGCCGAGUACGAGCACGAGAACGAACACGAGCACCACUCUCGGGUGCGAUCGCGCAGGACGAAGAGCGCCACGAGGGCGGAGGACAUUCAGAAGGCGGAGCAGAAGGUUCGCAGAUCGCAGCCUGACAAACCAUGUCAUCGUCCGAGAGACAGCCUCUUUUCAUGGAGCUCCGGCUUCGACAAUUUCACGGGAUUCGUCAACUGGGGCUUUUUACUUCUAGGUAUUGGUGGGAUCCGGUUACUACUGGAAAAUUUUAUAAAGUAUGGAAUCAGAGUGGAUCCCAGGCAAUGGUUUGUCUUUCUUAGCGGCAAGAAUGAUGGCGGCGAGGAAUAUCCUUCGUUGUUACUGAUCAGCUAUGCUACCGUGCCAGUGGGCCUUUGUCUGCUGAUCGAGAAAGGACUGUCUGUGGAUAUCAUAGCUCAUGGCACGGGAAUGGUGUUCCACGUCAUAAACCUCGUUGUAAUGGUACUGAUGCCGAUGGUGGUCAUCCACGUGAAGGAUUCCGGAUUCAGCUUGGUUGGCGCGAUGUACGUGUGUAUGCUGUACGCGAUACUCUUUUUGAAGCUAUGGUCGUACGUACAAGUAAACAUGUGGUGCCGCUUGAGCAACCGACAGAAAACCACGCAGGGCAGAAUGAGACGUCAGCUGUCUUGCAAUAAUCUUCAGUCUUCCGGUAUUCAACAGAGUGCACAUGAUACCACCGUCUUUGAGCACGAAGUAAACGACUGCGAAAAUGCGUUAGUACAAUAUCCUGACAAUCUAAACUUCGGCGAUCUUUAUUAUUACAUAUUAGCGCCUACUUUGUGCUACGAACUGAAUUUCCCCAGAACGCAGCGGAUCCGAAAGAGAUUCCUUAUAAAACGAAUAUUGGAAGUCCUCGUAGGAUGUCAAGUGGUGAUGUCGCUUUUCCAACAGUGGAUGAUACCUUCUGUAAAAAACUCAUUAAUUCCAUUCAGCAAUAUGGACGUAGCCAAGGCCUCCGAGCGUCUUCUCAAGCUAGCGAUACCAAAUCAUUUAGUGUGGCUUUGCUUUUUCUACUUGAUAUUUCACUCCUUUUUAAAUCUGAUGGGCGAGUUGCUACAUUUUGCAGAUCGGAAUUUUUACAGCGACUGGUGGAACGCAAACAAUAUCGAUACGUUCUGGAGAACUUGGAACAUGCCGGUGCAUCGCUGGGCUGUGCGACAUCUCUACAUUCCAGUAGUAGAGAUGGGCUAUGGUAAAACCACGGCGUCAAUGACUGUCUUCUUUAUUAGCGCUUUCUUUCAUGAAUAUCUCGUCAGCGUACCCUUGAAGACAUUCAAGAUAUGGGCGUUUAUGGGUAUGAUGGGACAGAUACCACUGUCGGUGUUGAGCAAGAUGGCGGAACGAUACUGCGGCGCCAGAUGGGGCAACAUCGUCGUAUGGGCGAGUCUCAUCAUCGGGCAACCACUUUGUAUAAUGAUGUAUUAUCACGAUUACGUUGUAACUCAUUUUGGUGAGACUCUGAUCGAGGAUUAUUCUGUGGUGUAAGGGAGCUUGAAGACGAUGAAAACGCAGAAGUGAAGAAAGAGGAACGAAGUGCUCAAAAGAAACUCGCGAUCGAUCUGUCGCUUCUUCGCGAAACUGCCGUUUUCAUCGAUCGCGGAUCCGUGUAGCUUCCGCGGCUCGAAUUUCAAAGAAAUCACUCGCAUCAUCGCUCCGUUGUUUAAUUACCGUGCGAUGAUUUACGUCCGUCUGAAAAUUCAAUAAUACGUAUGUGCCUUAAAAGUAACCUCGCGUUGUAGGAAUAGCACGUCGCGAAUGAAUGAUUGAAGCGUAACCGCGACUGUUCGCGGAAGAUACCAUUAUUUUUCAUAAGAAUUUUAUAGUACAUAAUAUAUUUGAGAAAGCUGUAAAUAGUUACCAGCGUUUACGUUACAGGUGUGUGUACAGCGGAACUUGAUAAUUUUUGUACCAUAAUUUUGUAGUCGCUCUUCCACGCCGAAGGAGGCGAAACUCUUGUCGAAUAAACAAGAUAUUUUGCAUUA